AUGGCCGCCGAUCAGGCCAUGAAAGCCGCAGCCAGAGAUAUUAUCAUCUCCCCACUCCUCGCAACACUGGAACAUCUCCUCUCCUUCCUCACUCCACCAGAAGAUGCAGACUUUCACCUCCUUAUGGAUUAUGACAGAACCCAAGCAGAGGUCAUCUUCGAUCACUGCAGCCAGCAGUAUCCCAACACUCUCUUACUCAAGCUUACUGACCUCCUUCUAACCACCGAUGAUUUCAUUCUCUCUUGCCACUACGCCACGCGCCUCCGCAGCGUUCUAGCUGGGCAGUUAACCGAGAUCUCCCCCAUGCUCCUGACCGAGCUCAAGGCCCGGAUUUUCGCUUGCCUUCAGCGAUACAGAUUAACCCCCGUUUACAGGAAUUUGUCCAAGUCUAUAUCAAUUGUUGCUUCUAGGGUCUUCAUCACACAACACGGAGAUUGGCAGGAGCUUCUUGAUUAUAUACUUUUGUCUCUCAAUUCGAAUGACAACAAUGUUACCGAAUUGGGCCUUUAUCUGUUCUGCGAUUUGCCAUUGAAUACGGGUCGAUUCUUGCGGCCGGAAUUUGAUUAUCUUUACUUGGCAUUCUUGAGGGGCUUAAGUUCCCCUAAUAUAGUAAUCCGUUUAUCGGCCUACACUGCUUCAGCUCAAUUGGUGAAGCAGUUGGCGGAUUUUGAUGUUGACAAAGGAGAUCUUUUGCCGGAAAUGUUAAAUUUACUGAUUGAUUUGCUCAAUGAUAAGAGCGACAUUAAUAUCCAAGAGGGUCUAAAAGAAUUGGUUUGCUUGGCCAAAAUAGACCCCAGCUUCUUUACAAAUCACUUGAGACAGUUGUGUGAAUCAAUGGUUCAAAUAGCCGAGGAUAAUUAUUUAUUGGAGGACACAAGGUAUGCAGCCAUUGAUGUUAUCAUGGCAGUCAACGAUACCGCGACCGACGAAAUGUCCACUAUGAUUCGGAACCUGCAUGGCGAGAUUGUAAACAGGCUAAUCUCAACUUCAAUGGGCAUGCUUGUACGUAUUGAAGAUGAUCCUACAUGGUAUAUUGAAGAUGAUCCUAACAAGGGUACGAAUGCAGGGAAGACGAGGAGUUAUGAUCUUGGACUUUGCCUACUGAAUCUAGUUUCAUCUGCAGUGUCUGGUACUCUAGGGGUGCCCAUUGCUUUGGAUUUGAUACAACAGUAUGUAUAUGGUAAGGAGUGGGAGAUGCGUCUCGCCGGAAUCAUUACCCUUGCCGUAGUUGCAACGAGACACUCAAAGGAAAUCGUAAAUUAUCUUGGGCGAGUUGUGGCAAUGAUUUCAAUUACAUUUCAUGAUCUGAAGUCUCGAGUUCGCUGGCUUACUGAACGUGCUGCUCUGGAAAUUCGUUUGUUCAGCAAGGAUUGUAUUCGAAAUGAUUUGACACUUUACUUGGAGAAAAUAGUGAGCAGACUGCUUGUACUCCUGCAGAAUGAGAAUCAGAAGCUACAGGAGGAGGCUAUGGCUACUCUGGCAUCAAUUGCAAUUUCAUCACAAGACCAGUUCCAUCCAUACUAUGAUGCCACAAUGGCUUCCUUGAAAGCUAUUUUCUUCAACAAAAGUGAUGCAUCUAAUUCUAAGCGAAUGCUCCGUGCCAAAUCAGUUGAGUGCAUUAGUUCGAUUGCAGUUGCUGUUGGAAAGGAGAAAUUUAUGAAUGAUGCUACGAAGGUGAUAAAAGUUCUCGUGUCACUACAAAAAUCCUUGCUCGACACAGAUCACUCAAUAAGAAUCCACCUGUUACAGGCAUGGUUAGGAUUCUGCAAAUGCCUAGGGCGGAGUUCUGAAGCUUACGUAAGCGAGUUAGUGCCAAUUUUUCUUCGGUCUGCAGAACUGAGCGUUGAUGACAACGACGUAGACACUGAUGAACCACCUCAUGAUCAAAGUGAUCUCUUAAGGGAAAAAGCAUUGGCUUGUAACCUGCUAUGCUGCUUUGCUGUUCAGUUAAAGGAAAAUUUUUUUACUUGGGUCAGUCAGGUUUCUAAAAUUUUGGUUCCGCUGCUACUUCAUCCCCAUCUUGAAACCAGAAUGGCUUCUGCUUCAGCCAUGCCGGAAUUAUUGUGUUCAGCUAUAUUGGCCGUUCAAAAGGGAGAAUCUGGAGGGCGUAGUAUGUCUUUUGUUCAGAAUUUAGCUACCUUUAUUGUACCUGCUCUGGUGAAAGCUUUGAAGGAGGUAACUGGAUUAAAUUUCCCUCAAGCACAGAUCGGGCCGGUUGCAGAUGGGAUGAAGCAUGUGCUUGCUGUGCAUUCAUGUAGAAAUCUGGAAAUGGCAGGAAGAGAAGCAGAUGAAGAUUUUAAUAUGGAAGAGGAAGAGAGCAUAGAAAAGCGGUUGGAAGAUGUCAUCCUUCAUCAAGCAGGGAAUUGCUUGAUCACAAUGAUCAAAGUAUUUAAGGCUGGAUUCAUGCCUUAUUUUGAGAAACUUUCUUCAGAUAUAACAGCCAUGUUGGGAGAUGAUCGCACAGCUAGAGAGAAAACGAUUGCCUUUUCCAUUAGUAAUUGUGUAAUUCAGCAAUGCCAAGAAGCUGCACAUAAGUAUUAUGACACAUAUCUUCCAUUCCUCUUGAAAGUUUGUGAUGAUGAGAACUCAGAUGUCAAACAGGAAGCUGCACAUGGAAUUGGUGUUUGUGCUGAGUUUGCCCAAUCUAAGUUUAAAAAUAUUGCUGAAGUUGCUGUAGUCAGUUUGAAUUCUGUGAUAAGUCAUUCAAAUCCAUUAUUAAGUUCAGAAAAUAGAAAGACCUAUGAUACUGCUGUUUUAGCGCUUGGGAAAAUAUGCAAGUUCCAUCGUGAGAGUAUUAAUGCACCUCAGGUUGUUCCCACCUGGUUAGGCUACUUGCCAAUAGAAGAUGACCCAACUGAAGCCAAAGUGGUGCAUGAAGAGCUUUGUUCAAUGGUAGAAAGGUCAGAUAAGGAACUUUUAGGCCCUGACAAUCUACACGUUCCAAAGAUUACUGAAGUCUUUGCCAAGAUUGUAGCCAAGAAAGACAAUCUUGCAACAGAGGAAACUGCAGACAGGAUGGCUGCUGUGUUGAAGCGAUUUGAGAAGCUACAACUACAAUGA